CCCGCCCCGAAGCGACUUUCGGUCCCCGACGCGCCCCGCCCGACCCCUAAGAUGAAGAGGGCGUCCGCCGGAGGGAGCCGGCUGCUGGCUUGGGUGCUGUGGCUACAGGCCUGGCGGGUGGCGGCGCCAUGCCCUGGUGCUUGCGUGUGCUACAAUGAGCCCAAGGUGACGACAAGCUGCCCCCAGCAAGGCCUGCAGGCCGUGCCCGCUGGCAUCCCAGCCGCCAGCCAACGCAUCUUCCUGCAUGGCAACCGCAUCUCCCACGUGUCAGCCGCAGGCUUCCAUGCCUGCCGCAACCUCACCAUCCUGUGGCUGCACUCCAAUGCCCUGGCCAGGAUCGACGCCACUGCCUUUGCUGGCCUGACCCUCCUGGAGCAGCUGGACCUCAGUGACAAUGCACAACUUCGUGCCGUGGACCCUGCCACAUUCCAAGGCCUGGGCCGCCUGCACACGCUGCACCUGGACCGCUGUGGCUUGCGGGAACUGGGUCCUGGCCUGUUCCGUGGUCUGGCUGCUCUGCAGUACCUCUACCUGCAAGACAACUGGCUGCAGGCGCUGCCUGAUGAUGCCUUCCGUGACCUGGGCAACCUCACACACCUUUUCCUGCACGGCAACCGUAUCCCUAGUGUGCCCGAGCGAGCCUUCCGCGGCUUGCACAGCCUGGACCGUCUCCUCCUACACCAGAACCACGUAGCCCGUGUGCACCCGCACGCCUUCCGUGACCUUGGCCGCCUCAUGACACUCUACCUAUUUGCCAACAACCUCUCCAUGUUACCUGCUGAGGCCCUGGCACCGCUGCGGGCCCUGCAGUACCUGAGGCUCAAUGACAACCCCUGGGUAUGCGACUGCCGGGCACGCCCACUGUGGGCCUGGCUGCAGAAGUUCCGAGGGUCAUCAUCAGAGGUGCCCUGCAGCCUGCCCCCACGCCUGGCUGGCCGCGAUCUCAAGCGCCUGGCAGCCAGUGACUUGGAGGGCUGCGCUGUGGCCACUGGGCCCUUCCAUCCUGGGCUCACUGACGAGGAGCUGCUGGGUCUGCCCAAGUGCUGCCAGCCUGAUGCCGCAGACAAAGCCUCGGUGCUGGAGCCUGGGAGGCCAGCCUCUGCUGGCAAUGCACUCAAGGGGCGUGUGCCACCUGGUGACACCCCGCCAGGCAACAGCUCUGGACCACGGCAUAUCAAUGACUCCCCAUUUGGGACCCUGCCCAGCUCCGCAGAGCCCCCACUAACUGGGCUACGGCCUGAGGGCUCAGAACCACCAGGGCUACCCACCACAGGCCCUCGUCGAAGGCCCGGCUGUUCCCGCAAGAACCGCACCCGUAGCCACUGCCGUCUGGGCCAGGCAGGCAGCGGGGGCGGUGGGGCUAGUGAUGCCGAGGGCUCAGGUGCCCUACCAGCCCUGGCCUGCAGCCUUGCGCCCCUGGGCCUUGUGCUGGUGCUGUGGACAGUGCUGGGCCCCUGCUGACCAGCCACCAGAGCCUCUCCACAGCCAGGUGUGUACAUAUGGGGUCUCACUCCACGCCGCCAGCCAGAGUUGGGGGCAGGCCCCGUGGGGCAGGCCAGGCCUCCCCUGAUGGACGCCUCCCCACUAGCCCACCCCAUCUCCACCCCAUCAUGUUUACAGGGUUCCGGAGGCGACGUUUGUUCCAGAACGCCGCCUCCCACCCGGAUCGCGGUAUAUAGAGAUAUGCAUUUUAUUUUACUUGUGUAAAAAUAUCGGAUGACGUGGA